AUCAAGUGGGUGAAACAACUCUUCAGCUAUGGCUAUCCAGGUGAGUCAAUACCUGGUUUAGUGCGAGAACUGGGAGGUCAGGAUGGGGCACUGACGUUCGAUGAGGCUGUGGGGCAAGUAUCGGGUCCGAAACUCAAGGGUCCAGAGACGCGGCCCAUCAAAUCUGAUCGUCCAGUGGGAAAUGUGUCAGUUGGUGAUCUGCCCGUACGCUUCCUAGACGCAAAUUCAGGAAAAUUAGAGCAAUUUUGCGACGCAGUGCAGCACGUGAAAUUCAAUAUGACACAAGAGUUCUUCGACAACACCAUCUACAGAGAGUGCAUAACAGCCAACUACAAAGAACUUCCCGAGCCCUUCAGACUUCGACACGAGCCUAAAGUUCCGUACACUAUGCAGUUGGUGAUUCUACCAGCUACAAAGCCCGAAGAUGCACCCAAUGACGAUGAUGGGCGCUACAUCCACGUGUUCAAACAUGUGUACCUCCAUCGCAACAAACUCUAUGCGAAGGAAUGCAUCGAUAUGUGUUGUGGCUUAGCUCUUCGUUUCGAAUGGGGCACACAAACAAGGCCCGCCCUCAUGGCACUCAACUACAUGAUUGACAGCAUGGGAGGCAAACAAAUCCGUUGGUCAGAAGGCGAAGUGGUCACAGCCUUGAACAACUACAUGAAGGGAAGACAAAAUGCCAAGACGUUAGAGUAUUGGUACUCAUCCGCGUAUUUCGAGCAAGGUGCAGGUCGUCAAGCAUGCAACAACCCGUAUGAUCAAAGCAUAGACGAGGCCAUGUACAAGCAAAUGAAGUCGUCCAAGAUUUUCGAGAUCAACCAUGAGUCUUUCAUCAAGCUCAUAAAGCCAUCAUUCGAGGGCAUUGACGACAAGGAAGACAUGGAUGCGAUCAUUGCGCGCACUCACCUCAUCGUCAUCACCAGCAGCGGCGUGUACUGGCGUGUGGCCGGGAAUCACAAGUCGAAUGUAAAGUUCGUGGAAUGGUCUGAUGGCGAAGCCAUGGAUAUCCUCGCCCCAUCACAAAAGCCCAUUUUCCAAGCAUACAAAC